AGCUAACUAUAAAGCAACAUCAUUUUAUAUGAUUGCAUGAGAGUUCAAGAUACAUAGCUCCAAACCAUCUUAGUCGUGUCUCAAAAACAAUAAUGGAAAAUUUGAAAUUCCCCCAUGAAAUUUACAAUUAUUGAGACAUCCCAUGUUUUUACAUGGAUGCAAAGAGAGCUAGGAAAUCAUAUUGACAAGACCAUUGUCCUAACACCAGCCUUACCCAAAUUCUAGAUAGAGUUAUGCAAAAAUAUAGUUUUCUUUUUUAUAUAUUUGUGAGUGUUCGGACCAGUUUGUGCGCACCUCGACUAAUCUUACGAGACAACCGUCUGACCCUACUACAUUUGGUUGUCGAAGUAACUUGUAGGGUAUUAAAUCCUAGUAGGUGGUCACUAUGGUUUGAAGUUCCCAUUCACUCUAAGCCUUUUGCUAUUUAGGUUGGUCCUUAUUGACCAUUAGACCACACCAUAGGAAAUAUAGUUUAAAACAUGCAUUCCCUGAAUAGAAAUUAAAUCACUUUAUAUCUAAGAAAAAGAGAAUAGUUCAAGAUCAUUUCUUUUUGAACUCAUAAUUAAUCACAUCUAAACCAAAAUCAAUUGAAGGCUGUUGCUCCCCUUUUCAAAAUUUGAUUUCAUGAAGAAAUGACAGUAAAUAGUACAAAAGGAGAGAGAGACUUUGAUUCACCAAAGGCUGUCCCAAGUCAAGCUUUAUUGGCCUUAAAAAUGACCCCCGACCCCCACUUGGAGGAGAAAACAAACAUAAAAUAUAAACAGAGUGAUUAAAAUAAACAUAAAUCCACAUCAUGAUCACGAGAUAUGCACAAGGAGGGUGACUUCCUUCUAUAAUAAAACCCAAAAUCCAAAUUGUGAUUCCAAAAUUUGGAUUGGAUUGGCCUUUUAUUUAUUCUAUCCAAAAUCACAUGACACCUUCAAAUUUUCUACUGAAAAACCUCCCUGUGUGGAAUUUCACUUCAUCAUUUUGUCACAAAAAUAAAGUAAAAUAAAACAGGGUCAUGCAGCAGAUUCACAGGCAUUAGCAUCUUUUUUCCUAUUAUAUAUAAAUUCUUAGAUCCAAACCUCUGUCUUCCCUUCCGAGAUCUGUUCAUAUAUCCUAGAUUUAGGGUUUGGCCAUGUGAAUGGUUAAGGAUUCAAAUCCGUUAAUCACUGAUUCUAAUAUUGCCAAACUUGAGAGGAUAAAGUUGGACCAAUAUUUUUCUCUUUUUUUCUCUUCCAAUGGAAAUGAAGGAAUUGGGAUUUGUUUAUUUGUUUUUGGAGGAGGUUGUAGAAAAUAGCAUGGAUCAGGGGAAGCUAAGCCAGUGGACAACUAAGGCCCAACAAGAGAGAUAUUUUAGUACCAAUAACAAAAACCUCAAUUGUUUUAAAAAAGAGACCAUCUACAAGACAAAUAAGAAAUAAUAAAGGAUAAUCAUUUUUGUAGAACUGUACUCAAAACAUAAUUGCACUAAAUCUUAAUUGAAAAAACAACCCCCCAAAAAAUCAGCCUUACUAAGGAUAAAAACGUGAAGGAAAGCAAAUAAUCACUCAUAUUUUUGGGAAUAGUUAGCAGCAACAACGCUAUCACAUAAAGUUUGGACUUGGGGGCCAUAAUUGUUAAUACGACCUGGUUGGCUGAAAGCAAUGCCAGGUGACAAAAUCCCCCAACUUUUUUGAUAUCCGGCAUUUAAUUCACCCCAUUAGGCCGAAUAACUGUUUGUAAAAAGUUCUCAGAGGACAAUUGUUAAGUGUGCAAAGUCACUUGCCGUCAUUGUGAUUUGUGCCCGUCUCUCUCUCUCUCUCUCUCUCUCUCUUCGACUUCUUUGAAUUAAAAUUUAAAAUACAGUCUUCCACCUUCCGCCCACCUCUCCUCUUUAUGAAUAAAAAACUGCAAAGGAAACGCCAACCAAAAAUUCCAUCUCCCUCUGCACCCCCAUCAUGGCCUAGCUGUUCUUCUUGGAUCCCAGGAUUCUGGGCAUUUGAAUUGUUUUUUGCUUAUAGUUUAUAGAGACCUAAUUUAAGACAUCGUAGACCGCAAGACAUGAUUUGGCUUCUCUUGUUUUUGGCACUCCCUAGGCUCAAACCCACUUUCCUGUUUCUCUCAUUGGAGUUUGUAGUGUAGUUGUAAUGCCUGUAAAUUCAUGGACCCUCCCCUCAGCUAUCCUAAUUCUCUGUUUUUCAGUCUUCCCUCUCACAACUUCCGCCAUUAACGAACAGGGUCAAGCUCUACUCACUUGGAAGCUAAGUUUUAAUGGAUCAAACGAGGUGCUACGUAAUUGGGACCCCAACAACGAAACGCCAUGUGGGUGGUUUGGAAUCACUUGCAACAACAACAGAGAAGUAGUGGAAGUAGUAUUGAGGUACGUGAACUUACCUGGUGAAGUUCCAUCGAAUUUCUCUUCACUGUCAUCUUUGAAUAAGCUCGUCUUGCCGGGAGCAAAUCUCACUGGUUCCAUCCCGAAAGAGAUCGGUGCUCUUAGUCAGUUGAGUACCUUGGACCUCAGUGACAAUGGCCUCACUGGAGAGAUUCCAACUGAAAUAGGUGCGUUGCUAAAUCUCGAACAUCUUCGCCUCAAUUCGAAUCAUCUCGAAGGGUCAAUUCCUGCAGGGAUCGGGAAUCUCACAAGCUUAAAGGAGCUGAUUCUCUUUGACAAUCAGUUGAGCGGUGAAAUUCCCAAUAGCAUAGGAAAUUUGAAACAGCUUGAAGUGAUUAGAGCUGGAGGGAACAAGAACUUACGAGGUUCUCUGCCGGAAGAAAUUGGAAACUGCAGCAGCUUGGUAACCCUGGGUCUGGCUGAAACAAGCAUCUCGGGCUUUCUUCCGUCUAGUCUUGGCCUCCUCAAGAAGCUUCAGACAUUGGCAAUUUAUACUGCCCUUCUCUCCGGCCAGAUACCUCAUGAACUUGGCGACUGCACUGAGCUCCAAAAUGUCUUUCUCUACGAGAAUUCGAUCUCCGGCUCAAUCCCAAGCUCGUUAGGAAGGUUACAAAAUCUCCAGAGUCUGCUACUAUGGCAGAACAAUUUGGUCGGCGUUAUACCGCCGGAGCUAGGUAGCUGUAACCAGUUAUUAGUCAUCGACGUUUCGAUUAAUUCCCUGACGGGGAGCAUUCCUUCAACAUUUGGGAACUUAACGUUGCUCCAAGAAUUGCAACUGAGUGUAAAUCAAUUAUCCGGUGAGAUCCCCAAAGAGAUCGGAAACUGUCCGAGAAUCACUCACAUCGAGCUUGAUAAUAACCAAUUCACCGGUACGAUCCCCUCCGAAUUGGGAAAUCUCACCAAUCUGACAUUGCUGUUCUUGUGGCAAAACAAGCUCGAGGGAAGUAUUCCACCCACCAUUUCCAACUGUCGCAAUCUGGAGGCCGUGGAUUUAUCACUGAACGGGUUGACAGGUUCAAUUCCGACGGGAAUUUUCCAGUUGAAAAAGCUAUCCAAGCUUCUGCUCCUCUCAAACAAUCUCUCCGGCGUGAUACCGCCGGCAAUAGGUAACUGUUCGUCUCUAUUUCGGUUCCGAGCGAGUAACAAUAGGCUCACGGGAGAAGUUCCGCCGGAGAUUGGGAAUUUGAAUAACUUGAUUUUCCUGGACCUCGGAAACAAUCGCCUCACUGGAGCGUUGCCUCCGGAGAUUUCCGGGUGUAGAAACUUGACAUUCCUUGAUUUGCAUUCCAACUCCCUAGCAAAAUUUCUUCCAGAAGAAUUCAACCAGCUUUCUUUCCUCCAGUACGUUGAUCUCUCAAAUAAUCUAAUCGAAGGGACGCCGAAUCCGAGUUUUGGAUCUUUCAACUCGCUCACGAAACUCGUUCUCUCAAACAAUCGAUUCUCGGGGCCUAUACCGACUGAAAUCGGUUCCUGCUUGAAACUACAGUUACUAGAUUUAAGCGGCAAUCAACUCUCGGGGAACAUUCCACCGAGCUUAGGCAAGAUUCCUUCACUUGAAAUUGGUCUCAAUCUGAGCUUAAACCAAUUAACCGGCGAGCUUCCGAAGGAGUUUGCUAAUUUAGACAAGCUCGGGUCGUUGGACCUCUCUUACAACCAGCUCUCAGGCGACCUCCAGAUGCUGGCGGACAUGCAAAAUCUCGUAGUCCUCAAUGUAUCACACAACAAUUUCUCUGGACGCGUACCAGAGACGCCAUUCUUCACGGAGCUUCCUCUGAGCGCUCUCUCCGGGAACCCGGACUUGUGCUUUUCUGGCGAAAAAUGCUACGCCGAUAACCACAGCGGAGCCUCUCGCCACACGCUAGCGGCUCGAGUGGCCAUGGUGGUGCUACUGUGCACGGCCUGCGCACUGCUACUAGCGGCAGUUUAUAUCAUUCUGAAAGACAAACAUUCAUGUCGCGGAUGCUCCCAUGGGUCCCGCGACGAAAAUCCAGAAGCCGGCUUCGACAGCGACGUGGAGCUUGGCUCAGGCUGGGAAGUGACUCUGUACCAGAAGCUCGAUCUCUCAAUCUCCGACGUAAUCAAGUGCUUGACGCCGGCCAACAUCAUCGGCCGCGGCAAGACCGGCGUCGUCUACAGAGCCUGCAUCCCAUCAUCAGGUCUGAUGAUCGCCGUCAAGCGAUUCCGAUCAUCAGAGAAGUUCUCGGCGGCGGCAUUCUCAUCGGAAAUCGCUACAUUGGCAAGGAUCCGGCACCGGAACAUCGUCCGAUUGCUAGGGUGGGGAGCGAACCGGAGGACGAAACUGCUGUUCUACGACUACUUGCCGAAUGGGAAUUUGGGCGCGUUACUACACGAGGGAAGUGGGCGCGUGGGGCUGGAGUGGGAGAGCAGAUUCAAGAUAGCGUUGGGGGUGGCGGAGGGAUUGGCUUAUUUGCACCACGACUGCGUGCCGGCGAUCUUGCACCGGGACGUGAAGGCGCACAAUAUUCUGUUGGGCGAUCGCUACGAGGCGUGCUUGGCGGACUUUGGGCUCGCCCGGUUGCUUGAAGAUGCUCACAACGGUUCGUCUUCAGCGAACCCCCAGUUCGCUGGCUCUUACGGCUACUUUGCACCUGAAUACGGGUGCAUGUUGAGGAUCACAGAAAAGAGUGACGUGUAUAGCUACGGCGUCGUUUUGCUGGAGAUAAUAACGGGCAAAAAGCCAGCGGACUCGUCAUUCGCGGAGGGGCAGCACGUGAUUCAGUGGGUGAGGGAGCAUCUGAAGAAGAAAAAGGACCCGGUUUCGAUAUUGGAUCCGAAACUUCAGGGUCACCCGGACCCGCAGAUCCAGGAGAUCCUGCAGGCCCUCGGAAUUUCCCUCCUCUGCACCAGCGACCGCCCCGAAGACCGGCCGACGAUGAAAGACGUGGCCGCUUUACUACGCGAGAUCCGGCAGGACCAGCCGCCGACAGCGGCGGAGGCCGCCGACAAGCCGCCCAGGAACAGUAGCAACGCGACAAGCUUGGACACAGCGACGUCGUUUUCGUCCUCCUCUUCCACGGCUCCUGCGAGUCAGAUGCUUUUGUCGCUGCCCCUCCAGGAGUCGUCCCGUUGCUCUUACGCUUCGCUGUCGUCGUCGGGCGCGUAUUUUCCACGCAAUCAAUGAUAUUUUUACUUUUUCUUUUCUUAGUUCAAUUUAUAAUUAGCUUCUGAUUUAAGCAUUAGGAAGGAAGAUUAAGAUUAAUUAAUGUAUUUUUGGGAUAAUUAGAAAUGGUAAUGUAAAGGAUUUAGAUCCCCUCCUUUUUUUCCCUUCCUUUUUGAUAUAUGGACCAAAAAAAAAGGAAGAAAAUUUUGUGUAAAUUCGUUAUUACUUUGGAGGAUGUAUUUUUCUUCUAUGGUGUCUUUCAUAACUCUGUUUUAUUGCCAUUUAAUC